AUGUCUGAUGUACUUCAAAAUAGAUUAAUUUGUUCACAGAAGAAAACACCAGUCAUUCCAGACCUUGGUAAAGGACGCAAAAAAACAAUAAUUCCACCAAUAUCUCUUUCACAUAAACCAGCUGAAAUCUCACAACCACCUCAGUCCGCGAGAACUGAAAGAAAUCCACGACUUUCGAAGAUUCCAACAUGCAAAUCAGCUCGUACUGAUGAUGAAUCCGCUCCACAAACAGCUAGAGCUUAUACAAAAAUAGUUCCAUCAUGGUUUCAUCAAGCAUUGACAGAUCUCGAUGAAUGGAAGAAGCACCCACUCUACAGUCCUUACAUUUCGGACGAAGAAUGGCAAAAUCGCGAUCUUCCAUAUUGGUAUAUUUGGCAAUUUACUUUACUCAAUUUAACAAAUGAAUUUAUAUAUCUCGACUAUGCACCAUUACCUGUUCCAAACAUGUAUUGUUUGGUACCAUUUACGUUCGAUACUUUGCCAAAACAUUACUUUACAUUAUCUAUCGAUGGUAUUACAGAAUUUAUUGAAGGACAUGGCAGAUUCAUUGCAAUAAACCAAUGGGUCCGUGAGGUUGUCCUUUAUCGCCGUGUUGGAGAAGUUCCAUUUUUCAAGAAUUUCCUCAGCCUUUACGCUUUUCGCUCAUUACUCAAGUCAGCGAUAUCAAACAAGAGCACAAUAUCAGCCGAGAAGAUCGAAAAGAAAUUCUUGAUGGCUUCUCCUCAUUUCAAAGUUAUUGGAAAAGAAAUUCGCAAAAUUGCACUCGAAAUACAGAAAAUCCCACUUGUCGACCUCAAAUUCGCCUAUCCUCAUACAUUAAAUCAAUUUCUCGAAAAGCAAAGUGUUUAUAUUCAAGGAUUAAUGCAGAGAUUCCAAGAUGUACAUAAUCGUGCCCACGAAGUUAUAUCUGCCGCAUGCGAAGCAGCACAUUCUGCCUCUCGAGAUAUCGGAAAUACAGAUAAUGCAACUUAUUCACUCGAACAAUUCAUCGGCCAAUACAACAAGCAAGCUAAAAUGGACAAGAACAGGCACUACAAGACGAACCAAAAGGAUGAGUUCGUAUCUGCCGAUGGCGAUGCCCAACAUUUUACAAGAUUAGCCACAAUCAGGUCAAUGUGCCGUAGAAUUACCAAAUUUAUACGAUCAUGCGACUUACAAUUCAUGCAAGCACUUCUUGAGUGCGUCAACAACUCUGCCAAGCAAUUUGUUGACUUCAUGAUAUCAACUCCACAACAAAUGUGUCUUUCAGUUGAUUUCCAGGUCGACCACUUUGAUCCUGCCCCUGAUUUAUUCAUCAACAAGAUGUCCAGAGCCUGGGAAGAGCUCUCAAACACCGCAAAUAUCUUUGAGCGGUUUUUGUAUUCGAGUGAUUUUGCCAUUUACACAAAUGACAGUCUUUCCAAGCUUGACAAAGUUAGAGAAAUCGAACUGACACAGAAGUUCAAAGACAUCUUGAACAUGGAUGCUCAGUACAGAGACUCAAUUGCACAGCUCGAACCGAACAUCAGAAAAACAUUCGAUGAAUUAAGUGAACUGACAAAAAGUUUACAACCUUACAUCGAUGAUUACAACUUUUCCAAGGAACUGAAGAUGGAGUUUGAGGAUGACAGUGCAUAUGCAUUCUCAGAACUCAUCAACAAACUAAGAGCAGACAUAGAAAAAGUCGAUGGAAUGCCAGAAGAAAUAGAACAUAGAUUAGUUCGAAUUGAGUUAAGAAAAAUGAAGGCUACAUUCACUCCUAUUCCAAGACAAGCACUUGACAAAGUCAGGAACUAUGUACCUGAUUUAGUAUUCAAGAAAGCCAAAGAUUUCGAUGCAUUAAUCACUGAUUUAUAUGAUAAGAUUUCCAGAGAAGUUUCCAAUGUUUUUGAUUUCGGAGACCAAUUCGAGUUGUACUACAAAUUGACAGAAGACAUUGACAAAUACAGGAAACAGUACCACGCAAUAUUCGAACUGUACAAUCUCGCAGGAAAAGAAGGUUUCCCGAUGACAGAAGAACUGACAGAACUCAUGAAAGGAAUGAAUCCAAAAUACUCAGCUUUAGAAAGCGCGUACAUGAAGAUGGGAGAGUCAAAGGAAGCUUUGAUAAGGAAAUGGAGCGAGCACAUCAAAAACGAUGUAUCAAAACUAUCAGAAAACAUCGUUACUGCACAGACAGAGUUAGCACAACUCACAGAGAAUGUUGAUGAAUCAUUAGUUGCCAUUAAAUCUAUUGAUGAAAAAGGAGAAAAGUUCCAACACGAUUUGGAAAGAUACAACCAAAUCCAAAUGCUCAUUGGAAAGCCGCAAACAGAAAUCGAUGGUUUGCAAAUCUUUCUUACUGAACUUAAGAACAAAAAGACAUUGUAUACAACAGCGGAUUCGUGGUCGAAACAACGCGAGAAAAUACUCAAAACAUUCCUCAAAGAACUCGACGCUGUUGAAUUCCAAACAAACAUAGAAAAGACAAAGAGAACAGUAGAUUUCUUAGUGAGAAACUUCCCAACAUCACAAUUGGCAGCAACACUAAAGGACUCUGUAACAGAUUUCUUCCAACUUGCUCCAAUCAUUUCAACAGUAAGAUCGAAAGCUCUUCAGGACAGACACUGGGAAAGAAUCGAAAAAAUGGUCGAUGUAAGAGGUCUGAGAACAGGCGACUUAAAAGUUUCCGCUCUUGUUGAAGCAGGCGCUGUGAAGUACUCAGAGGAAUUCGCAGUCAUCGCUGUUGAAGCUGAGAACGAGCAGACAUUGUUGAAGAUGAUUGAAGACAUUUUGAUCGAAUGGGCUGGUGUCAGAUUCGAAAUUAUUAACAACGCUGACACAAAUGUACAAACAUUGGGAGGAUUGGCUGAUAUCACUGAAAUUCUCGAUGACUCAUUCGUCAAAUGCUCAACAAUUAGAUCUUCUAGAUAUGUCGGACCAAUCAAAGUAAGAGUUGACAAGACAAUUGGCGUAUUAAACAAAGUACAGAAGAUGAUUGAAUUGAUUUCAAGUGUACAGAAACAAUGGAUGUACUUGAGAAACAUUUUCAAGGAUUCUGAUAUUCAAAGACAACUUUCAAAUGAAUUCAAACUCUUCCAUGAAGUUGAAAAAGAGUUUAAGAACUGGGUUGUCGCAAUCAGAGAUAAACCAAGAGUUUACGCAAUCGCUGCACAAAGUGAUGAACCAUUAAGAAACUUGGCAUCAUGGGAUAAAAGAUACGAAUCAAUUCAAAAAGCAAUCGAAGUCUUCUUGAUGUCAAAGAGAACAGAAUUCCCAAGAUUCUUCUUCCUUUCAAACGACGACCUCAUCGAAAUCCUUUCUCUCGGAAAGAACCCUGUCGGUCUCCAAAAGCACCUCAACAAAUUGUUCGAAAAUAUCUACGGUUUGCACUUAAUAGAUUCAGGACAUUCAAUCGACCAAAUAAUUUCAAAGGAAGGUGAAGUGAUUCCGAUACAAACCGUUGCUGUUCGUGGACCUGUUGAAGGCUGGCUUAAAUCAUUAGAAGCCAACAUGAGGAGAGCAUUGCAACUGAUUUCUACCGAUGCAUUUAAUGCAUAUGAAUCAAAACCAUUUGGAGAAUGGACAGCACAAUUCCCUGCACAAACAAUUCUGGCAAUCACUCAAGUCUUCUUCUGCCACUUAGUUUCAACGAACUUAAAUGGUUCUAUGAACAAAGCUCUUGAAGUUUACGAGCAGAGAUUGAAAGAAUUGGCAGGAUUGGUUAGAACAGACUUAAACAAAGUCUACAGAGAAGCUUUGGUUGCUUUGAUUACAAUCGAAGUCCACAACAGAGAUAUAAUCGAAGAAAUCCAGAAAUCAGGAAUUUCCGAUGUCACUGAUUUCGAAUGGACAAAGCGUUUGAGAUACUUCUUUGAAGACAACAAGAUAUUGGUCAGACAAACUGAUUCAACAAUUGAAUACGGUUACGAAUAUCUUGGUGCAACACCUCGUCUUAUCAUCACUCCUUUGACAGAGAGAUGCUAUUUGACACUGACAAGCGCUUUGAGACAUCAUCUCGGCGGUUCUCCAGCUGGUCCUGCAGGUACAGGUAAGACAGAAACAGUUAAAGACCUCGCGAAAGCAAUUGCAAACUUCUGCGUCGUUUUCAACUGUUCAGAAGCUGUCACUGCCAACCAGAUGCAGGCUUUCUUCAGCGGUCUUUCACAGACAGGUGCUUGGGCUUGCUUCGAUGAGUUCAACCGUAUUGAUCCUGGUGUUCUUUCUGUCAUUGCUGAGCAGGUCAGAACAAUUCAGGACGCUUUGAAUGAGAACGCAACGAAUUUCAUGUUCUGCGGAAAGAACAUUCCUCUCAAUCCAAAGUGCGGCGUUUUCAUCACAAUGAACCCUGGUUACGCUGGCCGUACAGAGCUUCCUGAUAACCUCAAGGCUUUGUUCAGACCAAUCGCUAUGACUGUCCCUGAUUACGCUUUGAUUGCUGAGAUUUUCUUGUACGGACAAGGUUUCGAAAAUGCUCGUGUCCUUGCAGAAAAAAUCACUCAGUUGUACAAACUGUCAUCAGAAAUGCUUUCUCCACAAUCUCACUACGAUUUCGGUAUGAGAGCUCUUAAAUCUGUCCUUUCCAUGGCAGGUUUAGUUAAGCGCCAAAUGCCAAAUAACCCUGAAGAUGAAAUCCUCAUCCAAGCCAUUAAUAACUCAAACAUUCCAAAGCUGUUGGGUAACGAUAAGACAUUGUUCCAAUCUCUGGUUAAUGACCUCUUCCAAGAUGUCGUUUUCGAGACAGUUUUAGAUCCGAAACUCAUACAAAAACUCGAAGAAAACCUCAAAUCCCACAAUUUGGACAGUUCAGUCCGACCAUUGAUUGUAAAGACUGUUCAGUUAUGGGAGACAAUGCGUAUCAGACACGGUGUAAUGUUGGUUGGCCCAACAGGUGGCGGUAAAACUGUUUCAUUGCAUUCGUUGGGAGAAGUCAUCAACGCAAACAUGAUGACAUUGAAUCCGAAAUCCAUCGAAUUAUCAAAGAUGUACGGUGCAUUCAAUGAGAACACAGGAGAAUGGUUCGAUGGCAUUGUAUCUAAAAUGUUCAGAGAAUCUGUUGCAGCAGAAACUGAUCAGAAACAAUGGAUCAUUUUCGAUGGACCUGUCGAUGCUUUGUGGAUUGAAAACAUGAACACUGUUUUGGAUGAUAACAAAAUGCUUUCUCUUGCAAACUCACAGCGUCUUAAGAUGACAGAUGAAAUGGAAAUGAUCUUCGAAGUCGGUGAUCUUUCACAAGCUUCUCCUGCUACUGUUUCUCGUUGUGGCAUGGUUUACUACGAACCAAUUGACAUUCCAUGGACUGCUUUCGUUUAUAACUGGUUCUCUGUCACACAAAUGAAGCCAGCUUUGAAGGAAGUAAUCAUGGACAUGAUCAAGCACACAAUGGAAGUUUUCACUGGAUUCCAAUUCCGCUGCACAUUGGCCAAUGGUUUCAACACUUGCAAGACAUUCUUUGAGUCUUUCUUAGAGAGACACAAAGAAAAACUUGCAACAGAUAAUGAUGAUUUGUACGAGAAAAAGAUCAAAACAGUUUUCGGAUGGUGCUUUGCCUGGGCAUUUGGAGGUUCUUUGAAUCCAAAGAACAAGAUUGAUUUCGAUACUUUGUUGAGAGAAGCAAUCGGAAACAAGUUCCAAUACCCUCAAAAGCGAUUGAUCUUUGAUUAUUACCUUGAAGAUGAUUUGACAACAUUCAACAUGUGGUCACAAAGAGCAGAAGCAGCAGAACCAAAUGAAGAAUUUGUUGCUACAGAAGAUACAGUUUGUUUCUCGAAUCUCCUCAAGUUAUGCGUUGAAAACAAGAUGCACACGAUGAUCACCGGUCCAAGUGGUGGCGGAAAGACAACAAUUGUAAUGAACACUCUCAAAGAAAUGGAAGAAAAAGUUAUGACAUUCUCUUUGACAUUAUCCGCACAAACAACGGCCAAACAGAUCCAGGAAACAAUCGAGACUAAAAUGGAAACAAAGAAGAAGACAUUGUUAGGUGCUCCUGAAGGUAAAAAUGCUUGUUUCGUUGUAGAUGACGUAAUCAUGCCAAAACCAGAAACAUACGGUGCCCAGCCUCCUUUAGAACUUUUGAGACAAUAUCUUUCACAAGGAGGUUUCUUCAAUAUGAAAGAUUUGUCGUGGAUUCAAGUCAAAGACAUGAUUAUCAUUGCUGCAGGACAACCAGCGGGAGGAGGAAGAGCUGAGCCUUCUCCAAGAUUCACUUCCAAAUUCGCUGUUUUGUAUUUAAGCGAACCAACAUCUGCCUCAUUAAAACAAAUUUUCGGAACAUCGAUGGGAUGUUUCUUCGCAAGAACUAAGUUCCCUGAUGCAAUCAAGCAACUCAAAGACAAUAUAGUACAAUCUUCUGUUACUAUAUUCGAUAGAGUUUGCCACGAAUUCCUUCCAACACCUUCUAAAUCUCAUUACACAUUCAACUUGCGUGAUUUGGCAAAAGUUUUCACAGGAAUUAAAACAGCAAGACCUGAAGUUGUUUACACACCAGAAAACAUGGCAAAUCUCUGGGAGCACGAGAACAUGAGAGUUUAUCAUGAUAGACUUGUUGAUAACACUGACAGAGCUGCUUUCAUUGAUAUUUUAAUUAAUCUCAAGAAGAAGAAUUUCAAAGCAGAAGAAGAGGAAGGAAAGAUGAAACCAUUGUUCUGCGAUUUCAUGACACAUGAUGCAUAUUACAGACCAUUUGAUAAUCUUCCUAAAAUCAAGGAUAAACUCACACAGAUCUUUGAUGAAAGAAUGCCAGAUACAAGGCUUGUUUUCUUCGAAGAUUGCAUCAAACACAUCUGCAGAAUUACCCGUGUUUUCAGACAACCAGCAGGAAACAUGUUGUUGGUUGGUGUCGGUGGCACAGGUAAGAGAACAACUGCAAAGGCUGCUGCUUGUGUUUGCGAUGCAAUUUACGCUGAACCAAAACUCACAAACCAUUACACGAGAACUGAAUUCAGAGAUGACUUGAAAGAGUUGUAUUUGAAGACAGGUAUCGAAGGAAAACAGAUUGUUUUCAUGAUGUCCGAUGAACACAUCAUCAAUGAGUCAUUCUUGGAAGAUAUAAACUGCAUCUUAAACAACGGUGAAGUUCCUAAUUUGUUUGACAGUGAAGAAACAGAAAAAAUUGUCACAGAAAUGACUCCUGUCAUCAAGAAGCUCAAUCUUUCAUUUGCAAGAGAUGUAAUAUUGAGUACAUUCAUCAACAGAGUUAGAACAAACUUACACAUUGUUUUGGCUUUGUCUCCAAUUGGUGAAAAGUUCAGAACAAGAACAAACAUGUUCCCAUCUUUAGUUAACUGUUGCACAAUUGAUUGGUUCGAUAUUUGGAAUGAUUCUGCUUUGAUGGAUGUCGCUCUUUCCCAGUUCAAAGAGAUCGAUUUCAACGGCGUUCCUGUUGUAGAAGGAAUCCAAGAAAAGCUCGCAACAGCUGCAGGAAAAUGUCAUACAGCAGUUACAACAACAGCUGAUGAAAUGAUGCAGCAAGUAAGAAGACUUUAUUACGUAACUCCUGCCGCUUACAUCGAUUUCAUGAAAGCAUUUGGUACAUCACUUGGAAAGCGUCAAAAGAAACUCGAAGAAGAGCAAUCAAUGCUUAAACGUGGUGUAUCAAAGAUCGAAGAAACAAAUAGCGUCGUAGGAGGAAUGGAACAAGAGUUAGUCGCAUUGAAACCACAGUUAGAAGUUCACGCUGUGGAAGUCGAGAAACUUCUCAAAGAAUUGGAAGGCGACAAGAAAGUUUUGGAAGAAAAGAAAGCAACAGUCGAAACAGAGAAAGUCGAAGUUCAAAAGAAAGCUGAUGUUGCAGAAGUGUUGGCAACAAAGGCUGCAGCAGAAAGAGAUGCAAUUCUUCCAAUGUUGAAAUCAGCAAUGGAAGCUGUCGAACUCCUUAAAUCAAAGAAAGGUGAAUUGGCUGCAGUUAAAACAUACAAGAACCCACCAAGUAGAGUUAAAUUAGUUCUCAGCGCUGUAUGCUCAUUAACAGGAUUCCCAACAGAUUGGAAAGGAGCGCAAACAUUCCUUUCAAAGCCAAACAACAUGACAAUUCUCAGUGAAUUACACAACCAAAACAUUACUGACCAAGACCUCGCAAAAAUCCAGCCGUAUCUACAAGAUCCAGAGUUCAAAGUCGAGUUAGUUGCUGAGCAAUCAGGAGCUGCUUCUUGCCUCUGCAGAUGGGUCAUCGCCAUCAACGAUUUCAUCAGAGUCAGAAGAGAAAUCGAACCAUUAGAAAAGAAAUGCGCUGAAGCACAAGAGACAAGAGACCAAGCUCAGGCUCAAUUGGCUGAAAAAGUCGCAGAAUUGAAUGAUUUAGAGGCCAAAUACAAUGAUUUGAGAGCAAGAUUCCAGGCAUCAUUAGACCAGCAACAGAAGUUACAAGCUCAAAUCAACAGGACACAAUUGAGACUUGAUAACGCUUCUAAACUCACAACAGCUCUUAAUGAUGAACUCGGAAGAUGGUCUGAAUCCCUCAAAACACUCAACAGCUUGGCUGCAAACAUUGUUGGUGAUACAUUCUUGAUUGCAUUGAACUUGUCCUAUUUCGGACCAUUCCCUCCAAGUUACAGAGUUUCUUUACUCGAGAAAAUGAAGGAGAUCAUCAAAUCUGUUGAAAUUCCAUUCACGGAAGAUUUCUCUCUCGAAUCAGCUGCAGGAGAUCCAAUGUUGAUCAGAGAUUGGAGAAUUGCAGGACUUCCUUCAGACAAUCUCAGUACAGAAAACGGUAUCUUGGUCACACAAUGUACAAGAUGGCCUCUGUUGAUUGAUCCACAAGAACAAGGCUUCAGAUGGUUCUGCGCCAUCAAUGAAGAGAAUGGUUUGCAGAUCAUCAGACCAGGAGACUCCAAGAUGUCAAUCACAAUAGAAAACGCCAUCAAAAUGGGAACUCCUGUCAUUGUUGAAGGUGUUGGAGAAACAAUUGACCCGGCUUUGAAGUCAAUCUUGAGUCCGCAGUUCAGAAAAGGACCUGCAGGAAACAAGAAGAUCGUUCUCGAUGGCAGAGAAAUUGAUUACGAUCCAAACUUCAAACUCGUGUUAGUCACUAAAUACAGAAACCCUGUUUUCAUGCCAGAUGUCUUCAUCCAAAUGUCUGUGAUCAAUUUCGCUGUUACUCCAAAUGGUUUGGUCGAGCAGUUAUUGACAGAUGUUGUCAAGCUUGAGAAACCAGAAGUAGAAGCAGCGAGAGCCAAAUUAGUUGUAGAAAUCGCACAGAACAAGAAGACAUUGGAUCAGCAAAUGAAGAAGAUUUUGCAGCUUCUCUUCAAAUCAGAAGGAAACAUUUUGGAUAACGAAGAAUUAAUUGUAGCUUUGCAAGAAGCUAAAGCAACAGCUAAAGCAGUUACAGCUAGAUUAGAAGAGGCAGAAGUAUCAGAAAAACAAAACAAAGAACUCUGCGAAGUCUACAGAGGCGUUGCACAAAGAGGUUCAACAUUAUUCUUCACUUUACCUGAUUUGCCAGGUGUUGAUCCGAUGUAUCAAUACUCCCUUGAGUUCUUCAAGAACUUGUUCAUUAACUGCAUCCAAACACCGUACAAAGCAGACACAAUUGAACAGAGAUUGUCCGAUCUCAUUGAGUUAAUCACAUACAGAACUUAUUGCGCUGUUUCUCGCGGUUUGUUCGCAAGACACCAAAUUUUCUAUUCAUUUUUGUUGAUAACUUCUGUGAUGAGAGAUGAAGGAAACAUCAGCACUGAACAGUGGGAAUUGUUCGUCAGAGGACCAAGUGAUUUACCACCUGAAGACCAGGUUUCUCCUCCAGAUGAUUCCAUCAAUUUGAUGACAUGGCGUAAAAUUGUUGCAAUUGGAAAAUACGUUGAAAAACUCAAAGAUUUCGCAAACGACGUCAAAUCGAAUUUCGACGAUUUCUCUGAGUUCUUCAUCAGCGAGUCAAGUCUCAAAUUACCUGCGAGAUACGACCAGUUGACUAACUUCGAGAGAAUUCUUUUGAUUGCAACUGCUUGUCCGAGAAAAUUAAUUUUGGGAACAAUACAAUUCAUUGUUUCCGAAAAAGGACAAAAUUACGCUCAACCACCUGAUCUCUCAAUUCCUUCCGCAUUUGCAGACACUAAACCACCAAUUCCUUUGGUAUUCAUCCUUUCACAAGGUGCAGAUCCUCUUCCAGCUCUCAGACAGUUCUCAGACAAGAGCGAGGCCAAGUUGCAGCCUCUUUCUCUCGGCCAAGGACAAGGUCCAAUCGCUGUUGAGUUGAUAAAGAACGCGAAAAUCACAGGAAACUGGGUUUUCUUGCAAAACUGCCACCUCUACGCUUCAUGGCUUCCAACAUUGGGUGACAUGCUGAGAGAGAUCAGAUCUAAACCUAAAGAAGUACAUCAGAACUUCAGAUUGUUCUUGUCUUCAAUGCCAACACCUGAUUUCCCAUUCUCCGUUCUCCAGGAAUCUGUGAAAGUCACUUCAGAACCUCCUCGUGGUUUAUCAUUGAAUGUCAGCAGGUUGAUGUCUACAUGCGUUGAUCCAUAUUUCUUCGACGCAAUGAGCACAACAGCACAGAGAUUCUGCGUUGGCUUGGCUUUCUUCGCUUCUUUGAUCCAGGAGAGAAAGAAGUUCGGUCCUUUGGGAUGGAACAUCAUUUACGAGUGGUCUGAUUCUGACUACAGAAUGGCCACUUUGAUGAUGAAUUCACUCAUGGUCGAAGGCCAGGAAAUCCAGUGGAAAGCUCUUAAUUACCUCGUCGGACAGAUUGCUUACGGUGGAAGAGUUACUGAUGACUGGGAUCGCCGUUGUUUGCUUGCACAUCUUUCAAACAUCAUCCACAAGAAGCUGUUGAAUGAAACGUGCACAUACGAUGAAGCAAAUCUUUUCAACGCUCCAACAGUCAGAGGAUACAACAGCGUUCUCCAGCAGAUUGAAGAGUAUCCAAAGACAGAUCCACCAACAAUUUUCGGUUUACAUAUCAACGCUCAAAUGUCCGCACAAACAGCUCAGUCAAACGAUUUCGUCAAUGCUUUGCUCGGUGUACAGCCACGCGUUUCUGGAGGCGCGAGUGGCUCCAGACAGGACCAGUUCGUCAUCGACCAAGCCGAGAAGAUCAAAGCGGAGAUUCCUAUAGAUUUAGUCUACAAAGAACCAGAAGUCGAGACAUCAUUACACGUUGUUUUGAGGCAGGAAAUCAUCAGAUACAACAGGUUGUUGAAAGUUGUUAGAGAAAGCGUCGACAACUUGAUCAAAGCUGUGAAAGGCUUAGUCGUAAUGAACGACGCACUCUCAGAGAUGUACACAGCGUUCAACAAUGGAAAAGUUCCUCAUAUUUGGUCACAAGCCGCUUAUCCAUCGAUGAAACCAUUGAUUUCGUGGGUUGCCGAUCUUGUUAAAAGAGUUGAUUUCAUCAAGACAUGGGCAACAAAAGGAGAACCACCUGCAUUCUGGAUCGGAGGUUUCUUCUUCCCGCAGUCAUUCAUGACAGGAAUUCUCCAGGCUUAUUCAAGAAAACACAAAGUUCCUGUCAACACAUUGAGAUUCAAGACAGAAACAAUACAAUUGUCACCAGACGCAAUCUCUUCUCAGCCAGAAGACGGUGUCUACAUUUACGGAAUGUUCUUCGAUGGUGCUGAUUGGGAUUCAUCUGCAAAGAUUAUGAAAGAUCCAAAGGUUGGUACAACUUACGCUCCUGCACCUGUUAUUCACUUGAUUCCACAACAACACUAUGUAAUGCCAGCAACUGAUUUCGCUUGCCCUGUUUACAGAACACAAGUAAGAGCUGGUGUUUUGAGUUCUACUGGUUUGUCAACAAACUUUGUCGUCUCAGUCCACUUCCCUGUCAAAGAAGAUCCACAAUUCUGGAUCCUUCGUGGAGCAGCUUUGUUACUCUCCACUCCAAUAUAA